AUGACCAGCCAUGUUAGUCACCCUUCGAGGCGUCUGUCUAGUGCCACCACCUCCACCAGCUCGACCGGAAACAACUUUAGUUCCGAUAUCCGCCGGAGCACAUCAUCCCGUUCGACCAACGCUCAACUCGGAUACGUGGCUCUCAUGCGCAGGCAGAAGGCAACUGUCUGGUGUGAUCGCGCUCAGCCUGAAGAUCCUCGACUUCGCGCCCAGAAGCUGGCAGAUAAGAAGAGGGCCUACCUGGAAGUCCAUGGCGCUGGCGCCGGACGCACCGGUACCCUGGGAAGCGGCAAGAACAAGCAUGGAAGCAAGGGCGUCAAGGAAUUUUCGGCGUCAACUCUCGUUGGAGCAACUGUUCCGGUCCGACUCAGUGCAAACGAGGUGGGCGACGCAGAUGAGGACGGACACAGCGAGAAUGGAUUUCCUCAUCGCCGCACGGGCAGCGGCCGCAGUUCUCUCGGGAGCAAUCACCGCUACCCUAGUGGCUACCAGCGGACUCCACAGGGCACCAUGGGGAGUAAUAAUACUCCCCCCAACGAGAGGGCUGAUCUUCCGGACGUUACGGAAAACCCUCCGGCAGAGCGUCAUGAGGAGGAAAAAGCCUCGUCCACCAAAGACGAUUCUGCCACCAGUCAUAGCAAGACCAGUGAGCAAGAGGAUAACUUCGGCUCAGUAGGUGACAUGGCUGCGCCCAGUGCCGCCACCGCCGCUGCUGAGAAGGCCCGGAAGGCGGACGAAUUGCGGCGCAGAGGCAGCGUGGACGAACGAACGACCACGAUGACGAAUGUGCGACUCUUCGUCGCGAAUCCCGAUCUCAGUGACUGA